AUGUCCCACGUUCCUCGAUUCGAGAGCGAAAAUGUCGAUCCCAGCCCCCUGGGCAGGCCUCUCACAUUCACCUUCUCGGGCCGGACAGCCCCCAACAGAUUUCUGGCAGGAGCUAUGAGUGAACGGCUGGCAUCGUUCACCCUAGCCGAUAUCGAGAACCGGGGCAUUCCUUCCCCCGAGCUAGUCAACGUUUACAAGAACCGCGGCACGGGCGGAAUCGGACUCAACUUGACCGGCAAUGUGAUGAUUGACCCUGGCCACCUUGAAGCGGCAGGGAACACAGUCAUCCCCCGUCGCUCGCCUUUCUCUGGCGAGCGCUUUGAGCGUUUCCGGGAACUCGCAGCAGCGGGAAAGGCUGCGGGGGGUCUCAUCGUCGCUCAGGUUGGGCACCCGGGUCGUCAAACGCCCGAAUAUCUUCAGUCAAACACGAUCAGUGCUAGCGCUGUGCCGAUGAAGACGGGUAAUCUUGGCAUGACGUUCGCGACGCCUCGUGCUGCGACUGAAGAUGAUAUCGCUGGUGUUAUUGAUGGCUUUGCGCAUGCUGCUGAGUUCCUUGAUAAGGCGGGCUUUGAUGGACUGGAGCUACACGGUGCUCAUGGAUACCUGCUUAGCCAGUUCUUGUCGCCCACUACCAAUCUCAGAAAUGAUCGGCAUGGAGGUAGUCUGGAGAACAGGAUGAGGUUGAUCGUAGAGGUCAGGGACGAAAUUGCUAAAAGAGUGCGCCCUGAUUUUGUUGUGGGUAUCAAGAUCAACAGCGUCGAAUUUCAGGAGAAGGGUUUCCAGCCUGAAGAGGCUAAGGAGCUUUGCCGGACACUUGAGAACCACAAGUUCGAUUUUGUUGAGCUGUCCGGUGGAACAUAUGAGAAUUGGCCUCUUUCCGACCCUAAACGGUCGUCCACUAUUGGACGUGAAGCUUUCUUCCUCCAAUUUGCAAAGCUUAUCGUGCCCGGUCUUACAAAGACCAAGACCUAUGUGACCGGAGGCAUGAAGACAGUCGAAGGCAUGGUCAAGGCAUUGGAUACUGUCGACGGGGUCGGUCUCGGUCGCCCUCUGUGCCAGGAGCCCAGCUUCUGCAAGGAUAUUUUGUCUGGCAAGAUUCAGGGCAGCAUGGUUCAAAAAAUCGACAUGCAGAAUUUCUUUGCCACUGCUGCAGCAAGUGGUCUCCAGAUUAAGCAGCUGGGACAAGAACUUCAGCCCAUCGACCUUUCUAUUGAGGAGAAUACUGCUAAAACUUUUGGUGCCUUGGGCCAGUGGAAGGAGGCGCAACAGAAAAACCCCGACUUGUACCAAUUUCCUGCUGUACCCGAUUAUAACGUCCCAUUUGUUGCGACGAUGGCCUAG